AAGUAUGAUGUACCAAAAUUCAAAACAAAGAAGUACAAGGUCCGUGUCCGUGUGUUUGGACACUAACAUCUUUGUUGCGGUCAGGACCACGAGCGAUUUACCAAAGGAUUAUUGAUGACUUGUUAUCCAUAACUCAAAUGGAUAUAUUGGACCUUGGCAAGUAGGCGAGUGUUACCUUAGAACGUGUCAGUGAUCGAUCGACUUUGUCCGUUCCGUUGUUCAAAUGAUGGUUGAUGCAAAGUGUUAGUAAGGACAACGAUCUCUAUUUAAAUUCAAGAAACGUACACAAGGAAACGUGAGAACUUACUUAACAGUACGGGGGCGAGGGAGGUGUCUUGAGUGCUUCCAACUGGUCCAUCAGCCGUUUCAAGUGAGUAGCUCUAAUUGAAGUGGACUCGCUGAAGUGAAACCCGGAAGACCCGACUCACAGCAGUACAAGAAGGAUACAGGAUGCCUCUGUUCUUCAGAAAGAAGAAACCCAGCGAUGACUCCCAGAAGAGACUUGAAUAUCAGCUGUGUCGGUCAAAGGAAGCAGGUGCUGAUGACAUCCUGGACAUCUCAUCUUGCGAGCUUUUAGAGGUCCCUUUGAGUGCCUUUUCGAUUUGCAAAUUUCUCCAGAAAAAGGUCCUCAUCUUACACAGCAAUGAGCUCAAGUCGUUGCUUCCCAAAGGAAGCGACAUCGCCUCGUUUGCCACUCUGAAGGUUUUGGAUUUGCACGACAACAAGCUUAGUUCACUCCCACAAGACAUUGGCAAGCUGACGUGUCUGCAGAUUUUGAACGUGGAGAAGAAUCGUUUAAAGAGCCUGCCGGAAUCCAUCGAGGAUCUAAAGUUCCUGCAGACUCUCAAUUUGAAAGGCAACUGUCUCAGUGAGUUGCCAUCGGGCAUGAGCUCGCUAUGCAGUUUACGCACUCUGGACGUGAGUGACAACCUCAUCAUCCAGAUUCCCAAAACGUUUGCUUACCUGCGCACGCUCGAGAACCUCAUAGUGGAUGCGGCCACAAUGACUUAUCCUCCCGCGUCCGUAUGUGCGGAAGGUACAGCGAGCAUCCAACACUUCCUGUGCUCCGAGCUAGGAGAGGAGUACUGUCCUCCAUCCCAGUAUCUCCUGCCCGUGCUGGAAAAUGAGAGCGGCAAACAAAGCUGCGACUGUGUGGAUGCCUCGGAUGCCGCCUGGCAGAAUAAAUUCAGUGACUACGAGAAGAGGAAGAUUCAGAAGCAGGAGGAAAAACUGGCCUUUGAGCGACACCGAGAGGAAAAACAAAACGAGCACACUCAGCUUCUGCUCAUGAACACCUCCCGGAAAGUCAACAUCCUCAACUCGGUUCGUCAGGAGCAGGAGCGCCUGGAGCACGGCGUCAGCCAGCAGCGGCGGGCGCAGGAGUGCGAGAGGUUAUUGUUGUUAGAAAAAGUGCGACACGCCGAAGACGACAUCAGCAGCCGCAUCAGCAACAUGCUGUCGGACGACAACAGGCAGAAAAAGAGCGCCGAGUUUCUUCAAGCCAUGGAGGAAGAUCGCAUCCGUUUGGAACAGCUGACUGCCAUCACCCAGGAAGAAGCCAACUCUCUGAGGAAGCGAGAGGUGGCCGCGGCCAUGCAGAAGAUGCUGUCGGACAGCUGCGCCGUCGGCCUCCUGCAAGAGGCCAGCGACUAUCGGAGAAGGAGCUUGGUGUCCCAGGCCUACCGAAGCAUGGAGAAUUUGGAGAAAAAGUUUGACAAGAUGCUCUCCAUCCAAGUUUUGGACAAAUCUAAAGCCAUUGCCCAAAUUCUACAGGAGGAGGAGAUGCAGAAAGCCGCCUUUCAAGCGCUGCAGUUGCAGAAAGAUGCCGUGCACGGUUACAUCCGCAACCAGAUCAAGCUUAUUGAGGGCGAAUUAAUGCAGCUGACAAAACUCGAAGUUAAAAGACGCAAUCUGGAUGCCGAGAGCCUGCAGGAAGUGCUCGUGGACCAGCGCACGGCUCUCGGCGAUUUGUUGCAGCAACUGCUGAAACAGAAGCACCAGAGAGAGCAAGAACUACUGCAAGUUCUGGCGGAAAUGGAGCUGAAGUCGGAGUCCACCCAGCAGAACUACUGGAUGAUUCAGUACCAGAGACUGCUGGAUGCCAAGCCCCUGUCGCUGCGCAUGCAGGAAGCCGGCGUGGAAAAAGACUUAGUUCAUCUCCUGUGCAAGCUGUCCGCACAGCAUUACUUGCCCAUCAUGGCCCACCAUCGUGUGACCGCAGAGGCCCUUCGCCACAUGAACUCAGCUGACCUUAAGAAGGUUGGCAUUGUUGAAGUUGGCAUCCAAAAGGCUCUUCUGAACUGGGCUCGAGAACGCCAACCUGAAGGCGCCUGUAAGUCGGCGCAGCCGAGCGAAGAAAUUCCCCCGGCAGAGCCGUCCUCUUCCUUUUUUCCAUCGAUUCCCAACACGUCCGGCAGCUCGACACCGAGCCCGCCGCUCACUCCCGGGACCCCAAUCACGCCCUCGGCCCCGAGCCCAGUGGAGGGGCCGGGAGGCUCCGAGUGUGUGGUCUGCAUGGAGACGGGGGCCCAAGUCAUCUUUCUGCCCUGUGGCCACGUUUGCUGUUGUCAGGUUUGUAGCGACGCCCUGCAGAACUGCCCUCUGUGUCGUGGCGCCGUAUCACAGCGCGUACGCCUUUACCGCAGUUAAAGGCGACCGCGACUUUUUUCGGGAAACGCGCAUGACGACAACGCUGCUGCUGAGUUCACAUGUAGGCGCGCUUUGAGUAGGUGUUAGAAAAAUGCCGAGUCACUUUUCCCGUACUAACCAAAAACUCGAUGCCGCAUUAUUAUGCAAGACAUUUGGACUAUUUUCAUUCGAUGUCAAAUUCAUUUCAAUGGACUUGUUUUGAGCUUUCUACGCAAGGGAUAAGGUGCCGUUUUCUGAAAAUAGAUUCUUUGGGUCCAAACGAUACCUUUUUAUUUCUGUACGCCAUCAUGACAUACCCAAAGCAACCAACUAGCAGGUAAAAUUGAUGUUGUCUACAGUACCCUAUAGGGGGAAGGACUUACAGUAAGUCCUGCCGGCACGGCCCCCCGGCCUUAUCCAUAUGUUUUGGACAACCUUCACUUUUAUUAUGAUUGUAUGUGAUGCACUAUAUAUGUGAACUAAGAAAUCCUGUUUGCAGCCAUCACUAACUCUUAUAUUCUCCAAGUGCUCUUACUGUGCACAUAUGUCAAAAUAUGAUGUAAUAUAAAAUAUAUGCCACUUUCUCUUACUCUCUUGUGUACUCACUGUAUAUAUUGAUAUCGCUGUUGCUGUGAAACAAUAUUGACAUAAGAUAACCUUUAUUUGUCCAAAUAUGGAAAUGCAUUUGAAAAUUAAUUGAUGAGUAUUAUCACAAAUAAAAGGUGAGAAGAUG